AUGCCUUCCGACGUCAAGCCUCAGGACAUCACCGAGAAGAAUGACCCUAGUGUCAUGAGACAGUGGGAUGAAGCCGACUUCUCGACUAAAUUCGAGGAGUUCUACCAGAUCGUGGAUGGCCUCAAGAUUGGUCUCCUAGGCACAUACCGUCCUGGUGUUGGACCCGUCACCCGCUCCAUGGCCCUAGCCAAGCGAACCGGCCCCGACUUCCUCUUCCUCGCCAACGCACACUCGCAAAAGUUCAAGGACAUUGAAGCAAACAAGGAAGUCAACGUUUCAUUCCAAGACUCCAAGAGCCAGGACUGGAUCUCGGUAUCUGGUACUGCUACUACCGCUUCCAACAGCGAUCCCCGUAUCAAGGAGGUCUGGAGCCGUGGUGCUGCAGCUUGGUUCGGUGAUCUUGGUGAUGGUGUUCACAAUGGUACUGCUGAGGACCCGAGAAUGAGCUUGAUUGAGGUUAAGAGCAAGUACAUCUCGUACUACAAGACUAACGUUGGUGCUCUCGGUUAUCUCAAGGAAGUUGUCGCUGCCAACGUCACUGGCGGAGUUGCCAACACUGGCAACCUCAGACAGAUGAAGGAGGAUGAGAUUACUCAGGCCAGACAGCAGCACUCCAGCAUGAGCUCGUAA